AUGUCCAUAAGUCCCUUUACGACGUCGCCCGACGGCGGCGUCGAUUUCUCCGUCAACUUUGAGAAUGCCGUAUUUGGCAUGCUCCCUGCCGCGCUCGCUCUGGUUAUCAUGAUCAUCAUUGCUUCUUUUAAAUGGUCAUCGCGGUCCUUUUGCCGUGGCUGGAAGAGCGCCCAAGCUUGGAUGGACAUGAUGAUAUUGAUACCGCUUGUCUCGUUGCAUUUGGCUUCGCUCAUCAUCAGCUCCAGGCUUCCAGUCGGGUCUUUGCUGGGUGCCGACGCACUCGGCACCGCCAGCUACGUCUUUCGACUUUUGGCGGCUCUGGGGCUAUUCGUCUGCCGCUUGUUGUGGAAUGCCGACUCUCUGCUUGCCACGAACCUCUACCUACUCGUCACAUGUAUUUCAGACGGCGUUCGAGUUCACACCCUGUGGCGGCUGGCCCAGCUCGACCCACCGGCCGGCUUUGCUCUUCCGGCACUGCAAAUCGCCAUCAUGAUCAUGACGGCCAUUUCCUUUUUCUUUUCCGAAUUCUGCUCGAGCGCCAAGUCUAGGGAAGUGCGCAACAGCAGAAGAGCCUACAUUGACGAGUCUGGAGGCGGAACCUCUGGUAUGCUCUUCUUUGGCUGGCUUUGGCCGCUGCUCCGAUACGGCCUCAAGAAUAAGCUGGUCGCCGAGGAUCUCAAGUCUUCUCUAGCGCGUCCGGUUGCAACCUACACGCUGCGGGGCAGUAAAGUCGAUUUCUAUGAUGCGGGUUUCUGGGGAAGUGCCACGAUCCAGUUCCUCGGUGCACUGUUUGUUCGGCUCCUGGGGGCUGGCACCUUGCUCGCACAGCCGUUCAUCAUCAACGGCAUAGUGUCAUUUUUGCAGGGCAGCAAGGAUCGCUCCAUCGGUAUUUGGCUAGUUGUUGGCAUGUUCUUCAAUCAACUCGCAAACAGCCUUCUCCAAGCUCAUGGCGAGCAAAUGUUCUUCCAACUAUCUACUCGAGUCCGCUCUUUUCUCAUCCACAACGUGGCGUUUCGCUCUUUUGGUGUAGGCCCGCCGGAGAAUGCCGACUGGGAGACUGCCGGAAGCAAAGUUUUGGUGCGCCUGUCCGAGGACUCUGCGGCGGUUUCUGGAGCCAUCGUCAUGAGCGGCAUGAUUGCGCCGAACCUUGUCGUGGUGGGAGUGGGCUCCUAUGUUCUGUUCAAGUCCAUUAAUCUCGCGUUUCUCGGUCCUUUACUUGCUGCGGUAGUGUGCUUCCUCGCACCAAUGCUGCUGGGCAAACCGCUGUCGCAAAGCCAGAAAGCGUUUCUGGAGGCGGCCGAGGUCCGCAUCCAAAUAGUCAAGAAUCUUAUUUCGGACAUUAGAAACAUUCGGUUUGGCAACAUGCAGCACACAGCUGCUCAGCAGGCGACGCAGAGCAGGCAGCGAGAGAUUGACGCCGCGACCACGUUUCGCCGUGUUCUCACAUUCGUUAUCAUUGCCGCGACAUUUACCAUGAGUCUCGCGAAUUUGGCGGCUUUUGGUGGUGUUGCUCUUCUGCCCCAGCUGCGAUUUGACUACUCAAUUCUCUUCACGUCCCUCUCAUUGAUCCAAAUUAUGCUCACUCCUCUCCUCUCGAUAAUCCAAAUGCUGCCAGACUUUUUCAGCGCCUUUAUCAGCUGGAAGCGCAUACGUGACUACGUCACGGAGGGCGCUGACGAGGGAAAGCACGCAGACCCCAAGACCGAACGCAAAGAGGAAACAGCUGGACUGCUGCUACUUCUAAGCAACGCAACCGCGGAAUGGACUCCGAACUCGAUAUUUCUCAAGGACGCAGACCUUUCUGUAAGCACGGGGGAGCUGCUGGUAUUAUCGGGUGCCCCAGGCUGCGGAAAAUCCAGCUUCCUGAAAGCAGUGCUUGGAGAGGUCCGCGUCAAAGCAGGGGCCAUGAGCAUCGGCGCAAAGCACCUCACUUUUUGUGACCAAGUACCCUGGUUUGUUCCCGAGAUGACGGUAAAGGAAAAUAUUCUGUUUGGAAAGGCCUUCAACGCGAAAUUAUAUAGCGAGGUCGUGGCUGCCUGCUGCUUGGACCAUGACCUGCUAAACCUUCCCAAAGGCGACGACACAGGGUUGGCCAGCAAUGGCUCUCCCCUAAGUGGCGGCCAGCGUAAACGCGUGUCCCUCGCUCGGAGUCUAUACGAUGAAGGGGGUGAUUUACUUUUGCUUGAUGACGUCUUUAGUGGCCUCGAUGCCAAGACGAGGACGCAGGUCGCAGUUAACUUGUUCGGCCCUGAUGGAUUUCUGCAAAAACGGCGAGCGGCAGCGAUAUUUUGCUGCACAGAGACGCCCUCGAUAUUGUCCGGUGUCGCCAACGCUCGCUUUUACCAGCUGGCCUCCGGUUCGUUGACGGUCGUCGAAAGGGACUUUUCCAAUUUUACUGCUGGCGAGGAGAUUAUUGAGGAAGCUGGAGAGAGUCCGGAGAUUUGCGAUAGUAGAUUGCCUGCUUCUGUUCAGCCUACAAACGACACCGAGCGAGUGUCAGACGCCGACCAAUCACCCCCUGGAGAAACACUUGACCAAGUCAAACGGAAGAGCUACGAGGCUCAUCGUCUUUAUUUAAAGUCAUUUGGCUCUAUUGCGACUUUAGCUUGUGUUGCGCUUUUCUUGUUUACUUGGAUUGGUAUUGACAAGGGAAGCUCGUUUUGGCUCUCCCACUGGGCUGGCCAGUAUGCCACAUCGCAUGAGAGUGCCGAAGCUGGCUACUACAUUGGCAUAUAUGCCGCUUUUGUUGGCGCUGGACUGUUGGUGUCCUAUGCCUUGACUUGGGUGCUAUUUAUGAAGCUCAUUCCCUCCAGCAGCAUCAGCUUACAUCAAGAUAUGCUUUCGGUUCUCGUCAAAACGCCGGCAUCCACCACUGAGCUGCAUAAAUCCGAGACGGUAAACAGGUUUAUGAAUGAUAUAGAGGCUGUUGAUUUGGCAUUGCCGCAAGCUCUAGAGAAUUUGAUACACGCCGUUGGAGCUAGCUUGGGCUCGCUUGUGGUCAUUGCCAUUGGCUCACCUUACGCAAUCAUCUCACUCGUGGCCCUCUUGCCGCUCCUCUGGCUCCUACAAAAGGUCUACCUAUCCACGUCAGUUCAGCUUCGCACUCUGCAAAUCGCCGCCCGGGCACCCAUGCUCGAGGUAGCCAGUGCGACCGUGCAGGGGCGUCUGACCAUUCGAGCGCUGAGAGGCGAGAAGUUUCUGUCGCAGGUAAUUUCUGACAGGGUGUAUCAUGCACUCCUAAUGGGAUACAUAUUCGGCUCUAUCCAGCACUGGGCCAUUCUGAUGCUGAAUCUCCUCAACGGGUGCUUGGCCACCGCCGUGGCGGCGCUGCUCGUCGGACUGGGGGGCGCGCAGAGUGCGGCCUGGGGCGGCCUGGCACUGGUAAACACCAUUUCGCUCGGCCAAGACGCAAUGCUGCUUCUGAUAUGGUGGACACGGUUUGAGUCCUCCAUGGCCUCGAUGGAGCGCAUCUUUGACUAUACUCACCGCACGCCCCAAGAGAAAGUCGUGCUUCCAGAGGCUGUCGUCACGGACUCUUGGCCAGAGAAAGGAGACGUCGAGCUCGACAGCUUGUCUCUCGCGUACGGAUCACAUGUUGUUGUGAACGAUAUCACCGUCAGCAUAGCGUCGGGAAACAAGGUGGCUGUUCUCGGCAGAACAGGCAGUGGCAAAACGUCUUUAUUACAAGCAUUUUUUGGGCUCAUUCACAUUGCUGGCGGCACCAUGUGCGUAGACGGUGCUGAGCUCUCCCACGUCGAGAGUGACAGUCUGCGUCGUCGUCUGGUAGGACACCCCCAGAAGUUUGUCGCAAAUAACAGCGGCAGUGUUAGGGAGAACUUGGAUCCGGCGGGAGACGUAUCCGACGCUCGGGUCGAGGAGGUACUACGCCAAGUCAUGACGCCCGAAAUGUGCGCCGAGAUUAUGUCGAAGCUGGAUGCAAAGUGGAACGGCUGCAGCUUCUCUGAAGGCUGGCAGCAGCACAUUGGCAUCUGUCGAACAUUGCUGCGCGAUUCUGCGGUAUAUGUGCUCGAUGAGCCCACCAGCGGAAUGAGCGAGGGGCGCCACACGGCGGUUCUGGCUGCAAUUUUAGGCAUCACGGCAGGAAAGACGGUCAUCACCACCACGCAUACGCUGAUGGGUAUUCAAAAGUUUGACCAGGUCAUCAUUAUUCAGGACGGGCGGCUGCUGGAGCACGGCUCUCCUGGGGAUCUUAUCCGUGAGCCGGGCAGCAUGCUGAAUGAGCUUAUACGCGCAGAUUUGCAGCAGCAACGUUUUUCUGAGGGGGUUUAG